UUUUUUUUUUUUUCCUGUUGAGCCCGCCGACGUUGCUGAUUUAGGUUGAUUUUUCAAAAUGUCCGAUUACGAGGAUGAGAUGGAUGUCGACGUCCCGGCACCCAAGAGCGCGAUUCAAUUCAGCUCCGACAACGCCAGCAAGAGAGCUAAGAGACCAGCUGCAGAUCUGCCAGUUGAAGCUCAAGAUAACCUACCAUGGGUGGAGAAGUAUCGGCCAAAUACUCUAGACGACGUGUCCGGACAUCAAGACAUCCUCGCUACUAUUAACAAAUUCAUCGAAGCAAAUCGAUUACCCCAUCUUCUGCUAUAUGGUCCUCCGGGUACCGGUAAAACAUCCACAAUCCUCGCGCUCGCAAGACGAAUCUAUGGCAGCAACAAUAUGCGACAAAUGGUGCUCGAACUCAAUGCUAGUGACGAUAGAGGUAUUGAUGUAGUGCGCGAGCAGAUUAAGACUUUUGCCAGCACAAAGCAAAUCUUUUCAAUGGCGGCCCCGUCGGCCUCCAGUGGCUCUUCACUAGCUUCGUUCAAGUUGAUUAUUCUUGACGAAGCUGAUGCGAUGACCUCGGCUGCCCAGAUGGCUUUACGGCGGAUCAUGGAACGAUAUACCGCGAAUACGAGAUUCUGUAUCAUCGCAAAUUAUACACACAAACUGUCACCGGCUCUGCUUUCACGGUGUACUCGCUUCCGCUUUAGUCCGCUGAAAGAGCAGGAUAUCCGGUCGCUGGUAGAUCAGGUGAUCGAAAAGGAGCAAAUCAAUAUCCAGCCAGAAGCCGUGAGUAGCUUAGUGAGGUUGAGCAAGGGUGACAUGCGUCGUGCAUUAAACGUGCUUCAAGCUUGCCAUGCGAGCAGCAAACCGCUGCCGAUGAAAAAUGCAAUGAAGGAUGAACCACAAUCCGAACCCGAGAUUAUCACGAACGAAACGAUUUAUGACUGCAUUGCUGCACCACAUCCAUCCGAUAUCCAGGAGAUCAUGACUACACUUCUUUCAACCAGCGAUAUCACAUCCUGUCUUAAUACUCUCAACACCCUGAAGGCGAACAAGGGUCUCGCCUUGGCCGACAUACUUUCAGCUCUGGCAGAACAGCUGCAACAGCUGGAAGUGCCGCCUCAGACAAGGAUCACUUGGCUAGAAGGUCUUGCGGAUAUUGAAUUCCGGCUUUCAGCGGGUGGAUCAGAGACCAUGCAGACCGGUGGGAUGGUGGGCGUGAUACGAAACGGGUGCGAGUUGAUGGACGCAAAAGCUCGGUGAUUCGAGCAUUUGGCGUUGGUAGAGAAGAAUAAAGUAUCUUGAACAGUUUUUGGGGGAACCACUUCCGAUGAAAGAGCCAACGGCUUUGUACUCUCGCAAUGCAUAAGCGGGUCAGCUUCGACAAUGCACCGCUCGCAAGACAAGUUCCCGAGCUACGGAGCACGCCAGCCGUCAUAGCAUUGGAGACGGUUGAUGGUGCAUCAUAGCCAGUAUUUCCGAGCAACGGAAGUCAAGGAACGCGAGGCAUGGCUCUCGAUCCACAGACUAGAUAGUUCAAAGAAUCUGGGCAGCCCGAAGCUUAUCUAGGCGCUCAUAAUAUACCCACACA